AGUGAGGACUGGGGACAUGGCCGCUCUUAAAUACGCAUUUCUGGUUUUCAUCAGCUCAGCUCUGGCUUUCAACACUGAUGGCUUAAAAGAAGUUCCAGGUGAAGCGGCAGCUGGAGAUAACUGCCGUGACUGUGCCAAAAUAUUUGGCCUCCUUGUCGACAUGCUUUCAAAUGCAGAAUUCCAGAAGAAGCUGAUAAACGGUGUGGAGGACCUGUGUGUGUACCUGCCUGGCCCUGACAGUGCACAGAAAGUCUGUAAGGAAGAGCUGGAGAAGAUCCUGCCAGUGGCCAUUCACAUCAUUGCUGCCGUCGUCAGACCCGAGGACGUCUGCAAGGUCAUCGGUAUUUGUGGCCCCGGUGACAGGCAGAAGGUGCUCGACAACUUUGUCAGCGCAGAGGUUUCCAUGACUAAUGAAAAGGUUUCAGCCACACCGCUGUGCUCCUUCUGCAUUUUUCUCAUAAAGACCAUCGAGAGCUUGCUGCCGAAAGAGAGGACUGAGGCUGCCGUGAUCAAGGUGCUGGACGAGAUCUGUUUCAUUCUGCCCGCCUCCCUUCGUGAUCAGUGUGAAGAUGUCAUCGGCAAAUUUGGCAAGCCAGUGAUGGACGCGCUCCUCAGCUAUGCCACGCCUCAGUACAUCUGCACCCUCAUCCACCUCUGCAAGGGAGAGGAGGCAGCACAUGUCGAGCCGUGCUCUCUGGACACAUACAGGUGCAGAGACGUGCCAACCGCCCUCAAGUGUGGUACCCUCUUCUACUGUCAGAGAUUUUCCUGGAAGCCACUCCAGUAUGGCACCCUCUGAAAUGUUGAGGUCGAUUAAAGAAUCUGUCUCUAUCGCGGCACAUUUAAUCAAAUUGAGAGAACAAGGGUGAUGUGUUCAUCCACUGCUGCGCCUCUUCAACCGCAUACAAGGACCUUAUAUUUUUUGCCUUUCAGCACAGUAAUUUUUUUUUUGCUUUGAGCUACAACUGGCACCAUCUUGUAGUAUUACAGUAUGUCAGCUACUAAACAAAAUGUAAAAUAUCCAUCCCCAAUUUUGAGAAAAAAGCCUACGUAUGAACAAUAAGAAGGUCAUUUCAUAAAGCAUCAAACACAUUUCCGUCAGUAGCAAUGACGAUAAUCCUUUUGUUUUUCUUUAUUUUGUAGAAGGCUCUGUGGUUUUUUUUGUCAGUAAAUUACUCUAAUUACUCUAAAUUAAACACACUCACAUGCAUGACAGUGUAAGUGGUCAUUAGCCAGGUGUUAGGCUGAAAUAAUCUACCAUCAGGUAGAACAGGUAGAACACAGGUGUUUAUGGGUGUGACAAGGCGCUUCACACAUUUAAAAAAAUUAAGUCAAACAAUUGUAGGAGCACCAGCAAAAGUGCAGUUUAUUUUUGAUGCUUUCCAAGAGACACUCAACAUCAAAUCAGUUUUCCAAAGAAGAAAGCAUUUGAAAAUGGCUGGAGUGUUUGGUAAGAAGGAAGCGUAAAGAAGAAGGCACUUUGGACACAUUCCGCAACCACAAGGACAGUGGACGGGCUUCUAAAUCUUAAAGGAUAAAACAAAAAACACUGCGCUAUCUUGACAUCAACAUCUGCACACGAGAUUCUGUAAACAGGCUGGUUUCUCUGUACAACACCAACCAAAAAGCUGUCUCCUAUGCAAAUAGAAGAUGCAAAGACGGCCGGAUAAAGUCUUCGGAACGUGUUGUCUGCCUACAGUUUCUCCCACGUCAUCGCGCCUCACCUGCGGUCACGCUGAGGGUCUCUGUAAUUCACUCAAUGAACCGCUAGAGGACGGCAGAGAACAAAUAAAGACGAACUUCAGUCACCUCACGAGAGCUUCGUGCAACCUGGAUACCACCUCGGCACGUUUUAAACUGUCUGGCUCAGACUGGAGCGCCUGCUGGAACACAUUUGUGAAGCCUUGUUCAGCUUUCACCACAUGGCAACCGCAGUUUAAAAUGUGCCACGCAUUUCCAGAUGCCUUUAUCAUUCACGCUGACCUUUGUUCAAUGUUGCCUCCGCUUGACAUUUAAAAUCACGCUAGUUACUCAGAGUUCCUGGAUAUUAAAAAGACAUUCCAGUUCAAAUAAAAACGAAUCGUUUUUUUUGUGUGUGUGCAAAUCUAUGCAUCUAUUGGGAAAGAGCCGAUGCAGACACACAGAA